UUAUUUUCAUUUCAAGUUUUGCCUUCGCACCUCAUUUGAUUUGUAAAUAAGACUUAAAAUGUCAGUUGACUGUGUUCUGAGAGUGUUUUUUUGUGGAUCUGAUGACAUGUGAAUGUGUUCUGAGGGUGGAGAGAGUGACAGUCAAAUGUCCAGAGGGAUGUACUGAUGUAUAGCUAGAAGAGUGAAGAAGAGAGGAGUGAAAUCUUCAUGUCAGAGACAUGGACAAACUCAUUCAUCUGAUCUUACUCUCUGGUCUUGUUUGUAUUCCAGGUAGUUUGGCAGAGAAUUUAGCAUUGAAGGGAACGGCCACACAGUCAUCUACAUACCCCAACUGGCUAGCUCAACAUGCCAUAGAUGGUAAAAGAUAUGAAAGUGCAUACUGCUCUUCUACAUCAUCUGAUAGUAACCAAUGGUGGAGGUUGGAUCUCUUGGAUGUUUAUAACAUCAGUACAGUGAUCAUCACUGCUCAUGGCAGCUAUUUGGAUCAAACCAGUGGAGCAGAGAUUCGUAUCGGAAACUCACUGGAAAACUAUGGAAACAACAAUCCCAUAUGUGCUGUGACUUCUGAUCCUCUAACUGGUAAUACUGUCAGUCUCUCAUGUCAUGGGAUGGAGGGACGUUAUGUGAAUGUGGUCAGGUCUGGACGUAUAGGUUAUCUCACUCUGUGUGAGGUGGAGGUCUAUAGAACAGAGAAUUUAGCUUUUACAGGAACAGUUAAACAGUCGUCCACACAUCUGAUCUGGCUUGCUCAACAUGCCAUAGAUGGGAUAAGAGAUGGCUCAUUUCCAUCCACAUACUGUUCUGCGACAGGAUAUCAAAGUAACCCAUGGUGGAGGCUGGAUCUUCUGGAUAUUUAUGAGAUUAGUACAGUGAUCAUCACAGCUAGAUCAGACUGCUGUUCUGAUCAAACCAGUGGAGCAGAGAUUCAUAUUGGAAACUCACUGGUCAACAAUGGAAACAACAAUCCCAUAUGUGCUGUGACUUCUGGUAUUCUGGUUCGUCACACUGUCACUUACUCAUGUAAUAAGAUGGAGGGAUGUUAUGUGAAUGUGGUCAUGACUGGACAUACAUCUCAUCUCGUUCUGUGUGAAGUGGAGGUCUUCGGAAAGCUUUUACACAAGAAAAGAACCUUUCUGAGGCUGAAGUUCUCCUCCAGUGUUGAUGUAGCUGCUGAGAGAGACAAAAUCCUCCAUCAGCUGCAGUCUGCUCUGGCAUCACACAUCUCUGAUUUUAAUCUGUCCUGGACACAACUACCCAAGAAAGAGAAGAAACCAAGAGCGGACCGAGGUCUUUGUGUUAAGAGAUCUGCCUGAGAUAUGCCGAAGAUUGUUUUACACAAUGCUCCUGUAUGUUUCAUUAAACAUGUUAAGCUAACUAUUUCCGAUUGUUAAAUGUUUACAAUUUAAACAUAACUUUGUAGAUAACCUCAUGAAAGUUAAAUGUUCAUUCAUUAGUAAGCUAACUGUACAAUUAGGAUUUGGAGUUUAUAGGCUAAUAUUUCAUAUCACAUACAGAUUAACAAAUGUAAUGGACCGUGAGACCUUAAUAUUUCAUUUAUGAAGACAGAUUUUUAAAAUGUAAGAGAACAUGACAAUAAAACAUUAGAGUUGUGUGUGUUUUUGUCUUGUGUUCGUCAUGUGCUUGGUUGGAAAUUUGUUGAGCUCCUCCAUUGUUUCUUUGUUUGACGACCAGUGCUUCAACCUGUUUUCUCUUUCAUUUUCCUUUAUCUUCCUCUUGUGUUUUCGGUCCUGUGCUAGAUUGUCUUGUGCUGUUGUGCCAAUGCUUAGUCUAGUCCAAACAAUAACAAAGUUCAUUUUAUAUUUUUACCCGAUGACAAAAAAUAUGUUUUGAAUAUAUUAUUACACUGAGCAGUUGGCACAAUGAUCAUUUCCAUUCUGUAUGGACUCAAUAAGACUUGAGAUGUAACAGAAGCAUCACUCUGAAAAUGGGCAUGUACAAAAUGCUUUAAGUUUCUGGAGCGUUUAUAUGCAAUCACCAGAGGAUGUAGAAAAGAAGAUGACUCAACUCGGGAUCUGAAGUCAACAAAUGCCAAUGUUUUUCGAAAAUGUUUUUAUCCGAUAAGACGUCAAUGAAUAAGUAGUAAUAAAAGUGGAUGUUUUUUUUUU